AUGCAAACUGACUUGGACGUACAGCUUCAGGGAGGUGGAAAUAUCAUGAUUGUCUCCCUCGCCCCAAACCAUUCGGAGAACCCGGUGAAGGCGAUACCUAUCCAAUCGUGGCAACAGGGGAAAUUCAAUCUCGAAACAUGGGAGAGCACAUUAUAUUUUGGCCCAGACGACUCAUAUAAGUUAGAGGACCCAAGAAGGUAUUUUGGGAGAAUCACUGAUUCAGCCAAAUCUCCGGACUCGAAAGCAGUUGUCACGACAGAUACUUGCGUAGGGCUUGCAUGGUUCAAAGUCAUGCCCGAAAGGCUCAAGAAAAUGAGUACCACUAAUAUGGCUCAGAAUUCUAAUAUUCCCCUUCCCGUCCUUUUCAUAAACCAAGGACAAGCAGUGAUCAUGGGUACGACUAAAGGAUGUGCUUUAAUUUUAGAGGUGAAGCGUGCCGAAAAAUUACAGACUCUAAAGCACGGAAAUGAUCAAACCUGGGUGAAUUCCUUGGCCUAUAUUGAUUUAGAUGGUCGCUGUCGAAUGAUAGCCACCGGUGACGGGAAUCGCGAACAGUGCACAAGGAUCAUACUGUGGAUCGAGGAUAAGAAGGACCUCGCAUUCAAAUUCCCCAAGCUCUGGUAUAUCAUGCCAAAGCUAUUCGUAUCUAUCCUGAGGAUUGGGCGGAUAGUCCUCACCGUGAUGGGGGUGAUCUUUGCGUUAUCGCUGUGGUCAUUGCCUUUGUGGACAGAAGCAACGUCAAAGCAGCUUUCAGGGUACUUUUCCAAGUCAUCUUCUCCUGCGGCACCGUCCACUUCCCCGUCUCCUGUGAUACCUGCUACCACAUCGUCACCUUUUUUGACAAAAGUCACGGAAUUGUUGGACACCUUGGGAGAGUUACUGGUGCGUGUUGAUUGUCCUUGA